ACGUAAAAUUAGGAAGGAGUAUUCGAAUGAGCGUUUGGUUUUUGAGAAUAGUAGGCUUCCCCCACCACUAGCAACCGAUGAGUUUUCUCCACGACAGUGAAGGGUAAACAUGUCAUUCAUAAUCGACUCUGCCGCCAAGUGCGAACUCCGCUCUGUAAUUCGAUUUCUCUGUGCUGAGGGGCAUAACGCUGCGGAAAUCCACCGGAGAAUGAGCAAAGUGUAUGGUGACAACUUCAUGAGCGACAGUAUGGUCCGGAAAUGGUGCCGGGAGUUCAAAGGACGAACUGACGUGCAUGAUGAAGGCGGCCAGGGAAGAAAGUCUGUUGAUCAUCCACCGUACAGUCCGGAUUUGGCUCCAAGCGAUUUUCAUCUCUUUCCUAAAUUGAAACAAGCUCUAGGAGGAACACGUUUCAGAACAGGACAGGAGCUCCAAGACAUGGUCAGAACAUGGUUGGACGAGCAGGUGCCCCGCUAUGAGAAAUGCUUAAAUCGCCUUGGCGAUUACGUAGAAAAGUAGAGUAAGGUUGUAGCUGCGUAUGUAAAUAAAUAUUUGUAUAUACUUACCUUUGUUUUUAUUUGACAGCCAAUCGGAA